AACGCCACGUCCGAAACCUCUUCGUAACGCCAAUCUCUCUCCUGCCUGCGACCUCCUCCCUAUUUGAUCUGUCUCUCUCUCUCUCUCUCUCUCUCUCUCUCUCAUCAGAUCGAAAACUCUGAAACACAUUUCCGAACGAUCAGGUUUCCACAAAACCAGACUCUCCGGGGGUCCGCCUACUCCGGUAUCGAAAGGAUUGGAUACUUUAGUUUGUGCAAAACAACAUGGGAGGUGGGUUUAGGGUGCUUCAUCUAGUCCGACCAUUCCUUUCCUUUUUGCCUGAAGUUCAGAGUGCUGACAGGAAGGUUCCAUUCAGAGAGAAGGUUAUAUACACUGUGAUCUCUCUCUUCAUUUUUCUGGUAUGCAGUCAACUCCCUCUGUAUGGCAUACACUCUACCACAGGUGCAGAUCCAUUUUAUUGGAUGCGUGUUAUUCUUGCCUCGAAUCGUGGGACUGUCAUGGAGCUUGGUAUCACUCCCAUUGUGACAUCUGGACUAGUUAUGCAACUCUUGGCUGGAUCCAAGAUCAUUGAAGUGGACAAUAAUGUACGGGAGGAUCGUGCCCUCUUAAAUGGUGCACAGAAGUUACUGGGCAUUUUGAUUGCCGUUGGUGAGGCAGUUGCAUAUGUUCUCUCUGGGAUGUAUGGAAGUGUUAACCAACUUGGAGUUGGAAAUGCCAUUCUUAUUAUCCUCCAACUCUGCUUUGCUGGUAUUAUUGUGAUAUGUUUGGAUGAACUUCUUCAAAAAGGUUAUGGUCUGGGCUCGGGAAUAUCCCUUUUCAUAGCAACCAACAUCUGUGAGAGCAUUAUAUGGAAAGCAUUUAGUCCCACCACAAUUAAUAGUGGACGUGGAGCUGAAUUUGAAGGUGCCAUUAUUGCUUUGUUCCACCUGCUAAUUACUCGGACUGACAAGGUUCGUGCACUCCGAGAGGCAUUUUACCGGCAGAACCUUCCGAACGUUACAAAUUUGCUCGCUACUGUGUUGAUCUUCCUUGUUGUUAUCUACUUCCAAGGGUUCCGUGUGGUCUUGCCUGUGAGAUCAAAGAAUGCCCGUGGACAGCAAGGUUCAUAUCCGAUAAAACUGUUCUACACCUCCAAUAUGCCCAUCAUUCUGCAGUCUGCCCUUGUCUCCAAUCUUUACUUCAUUUCCCAGUUGCUUUACAGGAGGUUCAGUGGAAAUUUCAUUGUCAACUUGCUGGGUAAGUGGCAGGAAUCUGAAUAUUCUGGCCAAUCUAUCCCUGUUGGCGGUCUUGUGUAUUAUAUAACUGCUCCAUCAAGCUUGGCCGACAUGGCAGCCAAUCCUUUCCAUGCGCUAUUUUACAUCGUGUUCAUGUUGUCAGCCUGUGCUCUGUUCUCAAAAACUUGGAUUGAAGUAUCUGGUUCCUCUGCUAGAGACGUGGCUAAGCAGCUCAAGGAACAACAAAUGGUGAUGCCUGGCCACCGAGAAUCAAAUCUACAAAAGGAACUGAACCGCUACAUUCCCACUGCAGCAGCAUUUGGGGGCGUGUGUAUCGGUGCACUCACAGUUUUGGCCGAUUUUAUGGGAGCAAUUGGUUCAGGGACUGGGAUUCUGCUAGCAGUCACAAUCAUAUAUCAGUACUUUGAAACGUUCGAAAAGGAGAAAGCCAGUGAGCUUGGUUUCUUUGGCUUCUAAGCUUUUAUAGAUUUUUGAACAAUGGUUGGCUACUGCGACAGGCUGCCGGCAGUUUUGGUGAGCUGAGAGAUGCAAGUAGAUUUUCAAUUCGACAAUACCGUUUUCAAACUUGAGCUUGUAGGUUAGUCUGUAGUCUGUCUCUAACCUUUUUUGAGAAAAUAUCGGCAGCUCUCUCACUAAUCUUGUCUAUGGUAGAGGUUGACACCACCCCUGAGAGAGAAGUGCUUUACCUAGAGCAAUGCUUGUCAAAAAAAAUUUGCUUCUGUCCCUCGAGUUAUCAAUUGGAUUUUAUAAAUUCCAAGAGUUCCUAGAGUUCA